AUGAAAACGAUAAUUGGAUUACUUGUACUUCUAACCGUUACCUUUGCUGCCCCGAUAGAUGAUUCUCAAAGUGCGCAAAUUUUGAAAUACGACAGUGAAAAUAUCGGAAUAGAUGGAUAUCGAUUUGAAUUCGAAACUAGCGACGGAACGUCACGCUCGGAGCAAGCCGAACUGCGAAACGCAGGAACGGACGCCGAAGCGAUCGUGGUUCGAGGGUCCUACUCGUACGUUGGUCCGGAUGGAACACAGUAUGUAAUCAACUACGUUGCAGACGAAAACGGUUUUCAACCUGAAGGUGCUCAUAUACCAAAAUAA